AUGUCGGCUCUUUCCGGUUCGCAGCAAAAUUUCGCUAUUUCGGAUCCAACUCUUCCCGAUAAUCCUAUUGUUUAUGUUAGUCAAGGAUUUCUGGAUUUGACCGGAUACACGCUGGAUCAGGUCUUGGGUCGCAAUUGUCGAUUUCUGCAGGGACCAGGAACCGACCAGAGUGCAGUGGAAGUCAUUCGCAAGGGAAUUACUGAAGGAGUGGACACGUCCGUGUGUUUGCUGAAUUACAAAGCCGACGGCACACCCUUUUGGAACCAAUUCUUUGUGGCCUCUCUACGAGACGCCGAAAACAACGUGGUCAAUCACGUCGGGGUUCAGUGUGAAGUGAGCAAGGCCGUGGUCGAAAAACACAUGGGGGAACAAAAGAAGGCCGCAGCAGAAGCCGCCAAAGCCCGACCCGUGACCACUACUAGUAGUUAG